CUCUCAGUGCAGGCUCUAUCCUCGUAUGGUGCUAUGGCUGGCACGCUACCUCCUCUCUUCCAGAUCACUGACGAUGAUCAUGGUGGAUAUGCUGCUGUUACACUAUACACACUACUAGCUCUGACAAUCGUUAUUGUUGUCGCUCGUCUGUUCACGCGGUGGUUCAUCGGACGCGUUAUCCAUUCCGAUGACAUCUUGCUAGCAGUUGCUACAUUAUUAGGAAUCCUGCAGAGCAUACUCGUUCAGCUUGCCAUUUCUAAUGGACUCGGUCGCAAGCUAUCCACCAUAGGGAACCACCAGCUGUCGCUGUAUCUAAAGUAUGAGUAUUCAGCACAGAUUCUCCUGAUCGCGACGACAGCUUUAAGCAAGCUCUCCUUGGGGGUCUGCGUGGCGACAGGAAUUGAAGUCCAUUAUACUGCCACCAUGCUCAGUUCGUCUGAUAUCCCAUGGGAAAAUACUAACUCCACAAUUUGGGAUCAAGUUAUGAUGAAUUUGAGUAUCAUCACCACUACCAUCCCAUCACUCGGGCGCCUCGUUGUUGAACUCCAGCCCAGCGUCCACGCAUUCACCAUUCAUGAGGAUUUUGUCGAUGGCCGGUCGGCAAGCAAUAAGCGCAAUGUCUCAUCCGUGAGAAAAUCCUUCAAUCGAGAUUUCCCCAUAGAACCUCUCAGCCCUGGAAUGUCCGUACAAGUGACUAGUGGAUGGCGCGAGUCAUUAAAGGACGAUACCGAAAGUACGGAGGGAUUAGUGAACCAGCCGAAUGUGAUACAGCAGACAAUUCAUUUUGAGGUUCACUGA